AUGCCAUCCGAAGGAAGCACCAGAGCUGAGAUACUGCCAGGUUGCCCAAGCCUAGACAGGGGAAGUCGAGUGCCAGAGGUCGGGUUCGAACCACGGACCUUCCGCCUAACUGGUUAUGGUACCGGCGUGGAUGCAACUUGCAAACGAGAUGCCGCAUUGCGGCAGUUACUGUUGCAAGGACAUGAAACAUAG